AACGGGACCGGGAUCGAGACGGGGAGCUUCACCGGGAACGGGACCGGGAUCGGGAGGGGAACAGACACCGGGAGCGACACCGGGAGCGGCCCCACGAUGGGCGGGUGGCGGGACAUGUCCGCGGAGGCGCUGGAGGACCAUUACUCCCCCAGUCGCUGGUCCCCCCGCCUGGACCGGGACACCAUCAUCGACGCGCACCUGGCGGUGACGGCGGCAGGAACCGAGCGGGCCCGGGCCAGCGGGCAGACCCUGCUGCACGUGCCCUACGGCGACGGGGACCGGGAGAAGCUGGACAUCUACUUUCCCACGGAGCCUUCCGAAGCCUUCCCGGCGCUGGUCUACAUCCACGGCGGGUACUGGCAGUGCCUGAGUAAGGACGACUCAGGGUUUGCAGCCCCGCCGCUGGUGUCGCAGGGGGUGGCAGUGGUGGCGGUGGGCUACGACAUCGCCCCCAAGGGCCACAUGGACACCAUGGUGCUGCAGGUGCGCCGCAGCCUCGCCUUCCUGGCGCAGCACUACCCCAGGAUCAGGGGCAUUUACCUGUGCGGACACUCGGCAGGGGCCCACCUGGCGGCCAUGGUGCUGUCCACAGACUGGACGGAAUUCCAAGUGGUGCCAGAUAUCAAAGGAGCGGUGCUGGUGAGCGGCCUGUAUGACCUGGAGCCCAUCCUGCACACCUACGUGAACGAUGCUCUGAGCAUGAGCCGGGAGGAGGCCCAGAGGAACAGCCCCAUGAGACUCGUCACCCCAGCCGUGCCACCAGCCUGUGAGGUGCUCGUGGCUGUGGCCCAGCAUGACUCCCCAGAGUUUCGCAGGCAGUCCCAGGAGUACAGCCAGGCCCUGCGUGCAGCAGGCUGGUCUGUCUCUGUGCUGGACCUGGCUGGUGUGGAUCACUUUGAUGUCAUUGAGAGGCUGUCAGAGGACAGCUAUGUCCUCACUCAGGUGAUUCUGAACAUGAUUUCAAGAGCAUGAUGGCACCUCAGCAGUAGAGAGAUGGGGACCAUGGCCCUGUGUGGUGGC